CAGACAUACGUCAUGAGCGCGGGCACUCCUCCUACCAUUGUCCCGGACCCUGAUUACAGAGAUGGCUCAAGGGAGGGACGAUUGCGUUUCAGCAAGCGUGCGGAACAGCAUCUCCGGGACGAAUUAGCCCUGCACGCACGCAAACAAUGCCAGGAGCCGAUGGCAGCAUUUGCAGCGUGUGCCAAAGAGAAUGGGAUGUUCGUGAUUUUCAAGUGCCGGGCUCUUAAUAACGCC